AUGUUGGCGAAUCGUCUAGCAACUGCAGCCGGGCGAUCGGCUGCAAUUCGCGUGCGGCCGACUCUGUUACGGACUCAAACGGUUCCUUCACAGCUUUAUUACUCCUCACUACGAAGACCGCCGCGCCAAGGGCCUCGAGGACGUAUCUUGAAUCACGUUGACAACUUGCGACCAACGAUAGUAGCUCAGCAACAACAGCAACAGCCACAGUAUCAAGCUCCACCAACAGAACAGGUGGUGGUACAAAACGACAAACAUUUUUCAUCAGAUCCUGCGCACACUCCAGUAGACGUACCUCAACAGCCCGGUGCUGUCAUUACGCCAGACUAUCAUGGUGCACCUAUGCUGACGCAGUCUGCAUUGGUGGUUGGCAGAGAAUUCGAGAUGAUGAACAUUUUUUUGGGUUAUGAACAAGCGAAUCGAUAUAAGAUCAUGGAUCCUCAAGGGAAUUAUGUCGGUUACAUUGCUGAAGAGGAAGGAUUUAUGAAGUCUGUUAGCCGACAGCUUUUGCGCACCCAUCGCCCUAUGAACGCAACCAUUCUAGACGUGAACGGUCAGGUCGUUUAUAAGAUUAUUCGCCCUUUCGCGUUCAUCAAUAGCCGAAUUUUCAUUUACACUUCGGAUGAUCGAUUAGUGGGUGAAGUACAGCAACGAUGGCACUUGCUGCGGCGCAAAUACGAUCUCUUUGUUGGGAAAAAGCAGUUUGCGAAUAUCGAUACGCCAUUCUUGGGUUGGGACUUUGAUUUACAAGAUGAGCAGGGAGGACCCCUAGCAAACAUCAAUAGAAACUUUGCAGGAUUUGCAAGAGAGCUCUUCACUGAUACUGGCCAAUAUGUGGUUCGAAUGGAUGCCGUUGAAGGAACUCCACGAGGAUUGACGCUUGACGAACGUGCAGUUACUUUGGCCUGUGCUAUAUCAGUCGAUUUCGAUUUCUUUUCUCGGCAUUCACAACAUGGCGGUGGAGGAUUUAUGCCAAUGCCAUUCUUUGGUUUCGGUGGUGGAAGCGGUGAAGGUGGACAUCAUGAGGAUCAAGGUGUUGCUGGAGGUAAUCCUUCUGAUCCAGCCGCACCACCCUCGCCUGGUGCACCUGGUUUUGGAGGACCAGAUACGAACCAGCAGCCUUCCAACACGGGUGGCUGGUCUGAUGAUGGAUUUCUGAGCGAUGAUGAGGCUGGUCCAUUCCCUGUCAUCAUUGACCCUCGUUCCUUCUUUGUGACAUCCAUGACAGCGCGCCUAUCAAUCUUAAUGACCUUAUAUGAAAAAACGAUCGCGCUAUUGGAAGCUCGUUCAGCACAUGGGAAGUCUGGUAAUAUUGUGCAAGCCCUUGACGAUGCCGAGGGGAUUAUCCGGUGCGCUCCAACCGCUGUCACUGGAUUCUUGCGCACAGGCUAUCAACAUGUGCAAUAUGGACAGCAACUGGCAGCUACCGAAACUUACGAUCAUGGUCUCCACGUGUACUGCUAA